AUGUUAGAUCCUCUCGGUCCCUCUCCAGCAUGGCUGCGAGAGCUAGUCGAGCCUUACAAAUUAUUAAUCAACAGCCCGACACUCCCCGCGCACAUCCACGAGGUAAUCCUCGCCUUUGUGUUCUACCAACUCAUCCACUCGGUUAUCUCUCCGUGGCUAUCGCCGAUCCUCUUUCCGAAAUCCUAUCCUAAAUUGUCCGCUCGCACCAAACUGAACUGGGAUAUUCAUGUCGUCUCCUUCGUUCAGAGUGUCCUGAUAAAUACUCUGGCGCUAUGGAUUAUCUUCGUCGAUACCGAGCGAGGCUCCAUGUCCUCUCUUGAGCGUGUGUUCGGAUAUACGGGUGCCUGCGGCUUCAUCCAAGCACUGGCGGUGGGAUACUUCGUCUAUGAUUUGAUUGUGAGCGCCUUUUACGUGAAAAUGUUUGGCAUCGGCACACUUUUUCACGCUAUCAGCGCCCUAUGGGUAUUCAGUCUCGGUUUCAGGCCAUUCCUGAACUACUAUGCUCCAGUAUUCAUCCUUUACGAGCUUUCGACCCCUUUUCUCAAUAUUCACUGGUUCCUCGACAAAGUCAACAUGACCGGCAGCAAAGCCCAAUGGUAUAACGGUAUGCUGCUUCUCUCGGUAUUCUUCUCCUGCCGACUUAUCUGGGGAACCUGGCAAUCUGCCAUCGUCUACAACGACAUGUGGACCGCUCUUCAACAUACUUGGUCUGCUUCUUCCAAUCCUCUCUCGGGACCUGUCAACAUUAGUGCGCAGGUCUUCCGUCCAACCCGGGACGGAAGCAUGUGCAUUGACGAGACAUGCGCGCGAGCCAAUGCCGAGAUCGCCAGUUACAAGGAUUACACCUCUGCCGGUGUAGCGACAUGGCUGGUCGUAACAUAUGUGACUUCUAACCUGAUUUUGAAUUUCCUUAAUUAUUUCUGGUUCUUCAAGAUGGUCGAGACGGUUCUCAAGCGGUUCCGCACCCCCGUUCCAGACGAGAAAGCCGCUUCUAAGAAGGAAGAGGCCGCGAGGUUAGAGGAUCUCGCGCAGGAGAUUAUCCUUGAGGCGGCGAAGGAGUUGGAGCAGGCGGAGGGGUCGCCUUUGCGCGAGGUGGGUGAGACUUCAGCUGCAGAUGCGGUUAACAAGCAGGAGUCGAGGAGACGGAGGGCCGAUCUUGCUUCCAAAGUUCCCCUUCCUGGGUCAUGA